AUGGACAAGAUAUCAGAGUUACCACAAGAUAUCUUGCAGCGAAUACUUUAUUGGCUAUCCCAAGAAGAUGCUGUCCGAACCUCAGUAUUGUCCAAAUCAUGGCGUAAUAUUUGGUGCACUCGCCACAAUCUCCACUUUUCGGAUGCCGCCUUUAAAGGAGAUAUGCAUCAAUUUCUCUCCAUAGUGAACACCACUUUACAACUGUAUCGUGAUCAAGGACUGUGCGUGGAUGAAUUUCAUGUUUGUAUGUCGGUAUUCAGUUUCGACUGUGCAUCCGUUUCUCUUGUUGAAGAAUGGGUUCGAACACUCACAAGCAUGUGCGUUAAGAAGUUUUGUCUCUGUAAUCUUCCCAAAUUGCCCUCUGUAGAACUGCCCUCUGUAGUCUUUGGAGCCGAAUCUCUCCAAGAUUUACAUUUGGAAGGAUUCGUGUUGGACCGAAAGGCUAUUGAAAGGAUAGUACCUCUCAAGAAUCUAACAUCACUUAUUCUCCAACGAGUCUCGAUCGAGGAGGGUAUUUUCGAGAAGAUAAUCUCAUGUUGUCCUUUCAUUGAAAUUUUGGACAUCAGAGUAUGUACAAUGUUAAGAAAAAUUAUAGUAAAAAAUCUUCAUAAUCUCAAGUACUUUUCUUUUUCGGACGAUGUGGAUCAUUCACACUCUUUUGAGGAGGAACUUUGUAUGGUCGAAAUCCACACCCCAUCUCCUGAAACCAUCUAUAUCAGUGAAGGCAAUGUUUGGUUCCACAAAGGACCGGAUUUUUUUCGCAAUCUCAAGCAUUUAAGGUUGUGCCUUGUGAAAUCGUCACUGGAACACUUGUGGUCGUGUAAAUUCCCAAGCCUCGAUUCCUUGAUUCUUGCGAAUUGUGACGGACUGAAAGGAAUCGAGGUAUUUAUUGAUGCCCCAAACGUAACCUAUUUUGGAUAUCAUGGAGACUUUAUCCCAUCCAUCUCUUUUUCAAAUACUACUUCCAGGGAAUGGAUUUCGGAUAUUGAUCUAACAUAUGACCUUUCAGGCGAUGCAUCAUGGUUCAUUAAGCUACAUGAACUGCUCAAGUCCUUAAGCCAGUCUGAAAUUUCUCUGUAUUUUAAUUGUUAUUAUCUGUAUGCUGAAAUUCGAGAAAACAUUAAUUUGGAACCUGCAUCAGUUGUGGUGGAGACCUUGCAGUUCAGUUGCCUCCCUUCAUCUAUGAUUUCAUGUCUUUUAAAUGGUGUGUUUAGUAUUUGUCGUCCAAGAAACAUCGAAGAGGACCCCUACGGCGACAAAUGGGAGAGGAAAAGGAUGGAGCGUCUGUGGAAGAUUCUAACGGAGAGAAAUAUUACAGAGGAAGGUCGGUGCUCACGCGGUUUGUGGUUUCAAGAUUUGGAGGAAGUGAGAAUGGAGAUUUAUGACGAUAAUCGUAAAGAAUGGAGUCCGACAACUCUAUCUGAAUUGCCAACGUACAAUGACCAUAAUCGAAAAGAACGGCAGGAGAUGAGUUUGAUGGAAUUGCCAGAUUAUCGCGAAUAUAAUCCAAAUGAUCAAUGGCAUCCAAUUUGUUUGUCCAGAUUGCGAAAUGAGAAUCGAAGAGAAUCUAUUCGGUUUGCAUUGAAAUGGAUACAAGAUUAA